GUUGAUGUCUCUGCGCUCUGUCCAGCUGUCACCGCCUGCAUUGGCUCACCAAGCAGACACACGUAGGCGCGUAUCCGACCGACCAACCCCCUCUUUCCCCCGGCAGACUGAAGAGCCGGCUAGCGGCGGGACAGCCAGACACCGACGACCCGCUGCUGCAGCAGCUCUGACGGGACGGACAGGACAGAGGUCUCCACCGACCGAACAGGCAGAGGAAAGCGAGAUGGAUUAAAGAGUGACACUGUGCUGAGUCCCCCCCCCCCCACCCUCCCCCCCAGGCCCCCCCACUGUGUGCAACAGCACCAUGGCAGCUAUAGCACCUGAGGACGGAGAUGCAGCGGAGGCAGGCGGGCUGCCAGUCUGCCCGUCGGGACAGCAGGUCUGCGUCUCCACAGCGAUGCAUAAGAGCAGCGAGUGUGAAAGACAACAGAACCUGAGCUGUGUGCAGACCGACAAAGCAUUUCGGGAGAGAGGGCAACAAAAGAACAAGACGUCAGUGAAGCAGGGAGGGAUGGAGCAUGGCUGGAGCAGCAAGGCGGCACCCUUCAAAACUACAGGAUCCACAGUGCACCUCGGCAACGUGUCAUCUGCUAGGGAGGCGCCAUACAGUUUCCGCAGCCCGGAGUCGGUGGAGAUGGAUGAGAUCAUGGCGGCCAUGGUUCUGACCAGUCUUUCCUGCAACCCGGUGGUCCAGAGUCCUCCACAAACAGACCCUGUGACAGUUGGCUCCUCGUCAUCAGUGGACAUGGAGUGUGGGGGCGGCGAGCUGUCUGACAGCGGAAGCAGUGGCUACUGGAGCUGGGACCACGGCAACGGGAGUCCCGCCCCUUCACCAUCCGUCACUGAGAUGGACAGCAGCCCCGAUGAGGGCCUGCAUAUGGAGCUGGAGCAAGGGGAGGAGCUUAAUGCCAAAAAAAUAAAGAGCUCGUUCAGAGGUGUUUACAAAUGUCUGUGGCCCAGUUGUGGCAAGGUGCUUACGUCUUCAGUUGGGAUUAAAAGACACAUCCGUGUGCUGCAUCUGGGCAGUGGGUCGGAUCAGUCCCAGAGGGAAGAGGACUUUUACUUCACUAAGAUCUCCUGUGAGACUGUGGACACCGGCUCCACUCCGGUGCCCCUCCAGCCGGCUCUGGUCCAGGCGUCGUCCUCUCAUCUCAGCUGGGCCUCCUGCGGCUCCCCCUCUGCCUCAGAGCCCCAGAUCUCUCCAGCCUACAGGCCCAGGUCCAACUCCAGCUCCGGGCCCGGCCAAAGCCAGUCCAGUACGCUCAGCCAGUCGGCCCCCAGCAGCUUCUGGCAGAUCCACUCGGAACAUCUCUAUCAGGCCUGUAGCCCCGUCCAGGUUUCUGUGGCCUCCAAGAACCCCCCCGGCUGCCAGGUUUGGACUCCUUCUGCCUCCGUCUCCGGCCACAGUAACACUCCGAUGAUUAAACCUCGCUGCCGGUCAGUCAGUGUCGGGGAACAGUGGCUCCAACAGAACAGGCUGCAGCCUAUAAGUGUGUCGCCCUCCCGCAAUCACUGCUCCUUCAGGAAAGGUCGUGGAGAGGCCAAAAAGUGCCGUAAGGUGUACGGAGUGGAGCGCAAGGAUCAGUGGUGCACCGCCUGCCGCUGGAAAAAAGCCUGCCAGCGCUUUCCUGACUGAGCAGCUGUGUGACCGACCGAGAGAGAGAGAGAGAGAGCGAGAGAGAGAGAGAAUGAGAGAGUGAGAGUCGGAGUGGUGGAUGAAUGAAUGAGUAAGACUUUUAUCACAAAGAGGAUAUUAAAACCAGGGCCUGAGAGCCAUCAAGGAAAAAACAACUGUUCUCUUACUACACGACGUGUUUUCUUCUUCCAAAACUGUUUUGUUUCUUUUCCUAAAGAAAAUUCAAACGGAGUUUUUUCUGUAUCUUUGUAACUUGAUCCUGAAAACGUAGUCUGUUGCUGGACUUUGACUAUGUGAUGUGCUAAGCCUACAAUACUCCUCCACUAUCCAAAGUUCAUAUUAUCGCUCCUCUAGCUCCACUGUUUUGGUAGACUGCUGCUCGGCUGUUUUUCUUAUUCCAACCCUUUCUUCCAGUGGUGACACAGUUGUUAUGAUGUACUUGAUGUCGUGUGCUUUGACGAGUAUUUUAUACCAAUAUUUUUUCUCUCUUUUUUUUUUUUUUUUUUUUAAACAUUUUGUUCCGCCCUCGUACCGGGCAGACUAUUUGGGGGAAAAUGUGUUUUUUUUUUUUUUGGCACUUUGAUGAAAUAUAAACUCACAAGAAUAAGCUACAUUUGGUUUCGACUCAACCACCUUUCUAUAUCCUUCCUGCCCAUGUGUUGAUAUACAACCAGUGUUAAAAGGUUUUACCCAUGAAGCUGUGGAGUCAUGGUAAUGGUACUAGCAUUAGAGAGUAAACGAGUUUGUAAUAGCAAUAAAAAAAAAAAAGAGGAAAUAUAUUGUCAAACACAAAUUAAAAAGCACUGAGAAUUUAAAA